GGAGAGAGUUUUUGGACGUCAUCCGUGCGCUGUGGCACACGAACCUCUUUGUUCCUCGAACUCAUUGUGGUCGUCGAAAUCAAAUGACAGACAUACGCGAACAUUCAGCCGCGUCAGCUGUGUUUCCCACGACCAAAACCACUACCUCAUUGUCCUCGUUAUCCCGAGCUCGCACGGCGGGUGAAUACGAGUUUUGGAAUGUGGGGGAAGAAGAGACUGAAGUACUGCUGUUUCGCGCACAAGGGAUUAAGAUCCCACGGCUUGUAUUGGUCAUGGUACCUGGAAACCCAGGUGUGAUUGACUACUACGAGACCUUCCUGCAAGUGGUGUAUGAAUGCUGCAAUGAGAUGGUUGACAUUAUCGGAGUUCAACACCUAGGUCAUUCUUCAGCAGUAGAUCACGACCGAAACUUUUCAGUCAAAGAUCAAGUGAAUCACAAGAUUGCCUUGUUGGAUCUUAUCACGAAAAAAUAUGGAAAAGACAUGAAGAUUGUGCUCAUGGGUCACAGUUUUGGGGCGUGGGUGUCUGUUCAGAUGCUCAAGGCGCGGCCCUAUGCGAAUAUUGUCAAAAUCUUUGCCCUGUUUCCAACUUUACAUUCCAUCGCUGCCACUCCGAAGGGGCGGCGCAUAUCAUACCUUACUCUCCCCGUCGUCCGCUCCAUCCCUCCUCUGUUCGUCUCCUUCCUCCGAACUCUGACGUACUUUACUCCAAAACUGUUCCCACGUCUCAUCUCGACAUUUUCGGGACAAACUGGAACUGAUCUCUCAAUAACGUGUGGCAAACUCUUGCAUUAUCGCACUGUUCUCAACACGCUAUAUCUGGCAUCACAUGAGAUGAGAGAGAUUAAGGACCUCGAUGAGGAGACGGUAGAGAAAUAUAUCGAAAAGUUUGUGUUUUAUUAUGGAACGAGGGACGAGUGGUGCCCGGUCUGGCAUUGGGAACAAAUGUCUGCCAAGUUUCCAAAGGCUGAAAUUUAUCUAUGUCGAGACGAUCUCCCCCAUGCGUUUGUUCUCGGAUAUUCGGAUAUAAUGGGGCGAAAGGUCGCCCAGUGGAUAAGAAAUGUACUAUAGAUCUUAUGUGGAUGACAAGGAUGGACAGCGCAAUCGUGUGUGAAUUACUACGUACAGGUACAGUUAGAAUAGAUACUCGCUGUAGAGUGGAGAAGAUUGCUUUCACAGCUGAAGAGCGAAUAAGGAAAGAAUGAAGAAAGACAAAAUAGUCCAGAUCAUAGAGGCCUGAUCCAUGAGGCUAUUAUGUAUGCAAUACAUGAUUAAUAAAAGUAUAUCUAUCCA